CGCUUGCCGCCGCUGCCGCCGCCGCCCGGGUUCCUCUCCCCCCCUCUCGGGCGCUCCCUGCCAAGCCCAUGAUGUAAUGGUGUAUGUUAAUCAGUAGCAUGUGGGGAGCUCCGGCUCGGGCGGCUCAGUCCUCCGCGAGCCGACACUGGAGGCAGCAGGAGCGGCGGCGGCGGCGGCCCGGACCCGCAGCGCCGCACUCUCUCAGCGCCGCCCGCUCCGACGGCAUGGCCCACAGCCCGCGCUCCGGGCGCCCCCAACCUCGCUGAGAGCCGCUGCGGUCCCGGACCCGCGCUUGGGGCCGCGAGCCGCCAGGAUGAGCCUCUCCCAGUGGUGAUCGCCACUCGGGAAUGCGGGUGUGAAGGGUCCGAGCUGCCGCCCAGCGGGGGAGAGACCCCGGGACGCCGGAAAUCACCAUCCCGAAGCUGCGAGAAGAAGGCGGGGGGAAAGAGAGCAUUCUUCAGUUGGUGUGCCUUGUGGGGAAAAAAAAUUUUUUUUAAUCGUAAUUUUAAAAAAAACAACAAAAAACAUUUCCGUGCUACUGUCUGUCAUCAUCUCUGGGGAAAUCAGCCAGAACCACCAGAACGUAACUGAAACCAGACGAGAGAGGCAGGAGCCGAGGCAGUACCUGCAGCGUCCGGGCACCAGAGCCACCUUGGAACGGGAACGCGUCUCCGGCGGCCGCUGGGCUGCGGCUCCGCCAAACUUUGGGGCGGGCGGGGCGGGCUGGGGCUCGGAGGGGGCUUUGUAGACCGAGGGCCGCCCCCUAACCAUGAUGUUUCGCGACCAGGUCGGGGUGCUGGCGGGCUGGUUUAAGGGCUGGAACGAGUGCGAGCAGACUGUUGCGCUGCUGUCGCUGCUCAAGCGCGUGAGCCAGACCCAGGCCCGCUUCCUCCAGCUCUGCCUGGAGCACUCGCUGGCCGACUGCACCGAGCUGCACGUCCUCGAAGGCGAGGCCAACAGUCCCGGAAUCAUUAACCAAUGGCAACAGGAAUCCAAGGAUAAAGUGAUUUCCCUCCUGUUAACUCACCUGCCUUUGCUGAAGCCAGGAAACCUCGACGCAAAAGUAGAGUAUAUGAAACUGCUGCCCAAAAUCCUGGCGCACUCCAUUGAACACAACCAGCACAUCGAGGAGAGCAGGCAGCUGCUGUCCUAUGCUUUGAUCCACCCGGCCACUUCGUUGGAAGACCGCAGUGCUUUGGCCAUGUGGCUGAACCACUUGGAGGACCGCACGUCGACCAGCUUUGGCGGCCAGAACCGAGGCCGCUCGGACUCCGUGGAUUAUGGGCAGACGCACUACUAUCACCAAAGACAGAACUCCGACGACAAGCUUAACGGGUGGCAGAACUCUCGGGAUUCUGGGAUUUGCAUCAACGCCUCCAACUGGCAGGACAAAAGCCUGGGGUGUGAGAAUGGCCACGUGCCCCUCUACUCCUCUUCAUCCGUCCCCACCACAAUCAAUACGAUUGGAACCAGCACAAGUACAAUUCUCUCAGGCCAGGCACACCACAGCCCUUUGAAACGAUCUGUGUCCCUUACCCCACCCAUGAAUGUGCCAAACCAGCCUCUAGGACAUGGAUGGAUGUCUCAUGAGGACUUACGAGCUAGAGGACCCCAGUGCCUCCCAUCCGAUCAUGCCCCCCUGUCACCACAAAGCAGUGUAGCCUCUUCAGGAAGUGGUGGGAGUGAACACUUAGAAGAUCAGACCACUGCUCGUAACACAUUCCAAGAAGAAGGUAGUGGUAUGAAAGAUGUUCCAGCCUGGUUAAAAAGCCUCCGCCUGCACAAGUAUGCUGCGCUCUUCUCCCAGAUGACCUACGAGGAGAUGAUGGCCCUCACUGAGUGCCAGCUGGAGGCUCAGAAUGUUACCAAAGGUGCAAGACACAAAAUUGUCAUCAGUAUUCAGAAGCUCAAAGAGAGACAAAACCUCCUGAAGUCUUUGGAAAGAGACAUCAUCGAGGGGGGCAACCUGCGCAUCCCCCUCCAGGAGCUGCACCAAAUGAUCCUGACUCCCAUCAAGGCCUACAGCUCCCCGAGCGCCACCCCCGAGGCUCGCCGCCGGGAGUCCCAGGCCUCACACCCGCCUUCGCUGAUGGGCCCGGAGAGCCAGAGCCCCGACUGCAAAGACAGCGCCGUGGCCGCCGGAGCCACGGCCACUGCCUCGGCUGGGGCCAGUGGCGGGCUCCAACCGCACCAGCUGAGCAGCUGUGACGGGGAGCUGGCUGUCACCCCCCUGCCAGAGGGGGAUCUCCCUGGGCAGUUCACACGUGUCAUGGGGAAAGUGUGCACACAACUCUUGGUCUCCAGACCCGACGAAGAGAAUAUAAGUUCCUAUUUACAGCUCAUAGACAAGUGUCUAAUCCAUGAGGCAUUUACAGAGACACAGAAAAAACGAUUGUUGUCAUGGAAACAGCAGGUGCAGAAGCUCUUUCGGUCUUUCCCUCGGAAAACCCUUCUAGACAUAUCAGGAUAUCGACAGCAAAGAAACCGCGGCUUCGGGCAGUCCAACUCCCUCCCGACGGCUGGCUCUGUGGGCGGUGGCAUGGGCAGACGGAACCCACGCCAGUACCAGAUCCCCUCCCGGAAUGUCCCUUCCGCCCGCCUUGGCCUCCUGGGCACCAGCGGAUUCGUCAGCUCCACCCAGCGCAACACCGCAGCCAACCCCACCAUCAUGAAACAAGGAAGACAGAACCUCUGGUUCGCCAACCCCGGGGGCAGCAAUAGCAUGCCAAGCCGCACCCACAGCUCAGUCCAAAGGACCCGCUCGCUGCCUGUGCACACUUCACCACAGAAUAUGCUGAUGUUCCAGCAGCCAGAAUUCCAGCUUCCCGUGACUGAACCUGACAUCAACAACAGGCUGGAGUCCUUGUGCCUCAGUAUGACCGAGCACGCCCUGGGAGUUCAGAUCCUAGGAGCUUCGCAGCAUCACUGGUUCACUCCUGGUACCUCUGCGUGUGGUGCCACCAGCGCCUCUUCUCCAGACGGGGUUGACCGGACCUCCACAAUCUAGAGCUGAAGAUGAGAGUGACCGCGCUGGCCGUGAAAUCGACUGCUGCGGGUCCAGUGUUAGCCAUCUUCAGGGUUGCACAGAAUCCUCCAAGAUACUUUGCAGCCUUUUUUUUUCCCCUGGUCCCUCUCCCAUUUUGAUUUUAUGAGAGCGUAGGUCGUCCUUGUAAACAUAUCAGUAGACCUGGGAUUGGUUAUUUUGUCAUUUGUUUCUGUCGUGGGAUGGCUUGGUGUGGGGCAUGGGGAGGGAUCUCUAAGGGAAACAUAGGACUGGGAGCGGGUGGAGGGAAUGCAAGUGGCUUCUUGGAUGGAAAUGAGGGGGAAAAAAAAGAGGGUACCGCUUGGAAAGAGAUGAGAGACUUGGGAGGGAGGCAGAAGCCCCAGCCCUUGGGAGCCUUCUCAGAAGCCUGCCUUCAGAGUCAGGCCCCAGGAGGAAGGCACGGAUGCCUGCGACCAAAGCACAACGGCGGCUCGCUCUUUUAUGUCUCCCCUGAUUGGAUUCCCUGAGGCCCCUGCUUGAAAUCCAGCCGCAGAAGAAGUCCACAUGGCAACGGGGGCAGGAAGGGAGAAAUUCCCUCCAACAAAAUUUCAGAUAAACUUUGAUUUGUGUAUUGUUUACAUAACAAUUUUAAAGGGUACAUAAUGUGUAAAGAGUUGGGAUAGAACUUUUCUUCAUACUAUGGUUUUUGUAAAGGAUUUGUUGCUAUGGAUUCAUUUUUUUCCUCUAUUUUUAUAAUAGCAGCAGGGUCGUCUUUUUAAAUGGCUGCCAAGCUCUGCUUCUCGGGAAGACGGAGCGGUCACGUAGGCCUGAGUUGUGUCUCCCACCUGUGGGUGGGAGAAGUGUGUAGGUGGAGUUGAGGAUGUGGCUGGAGUGGGCGGAGCAGUGGGAAGGGCGCCACCAUGUGAUCGGUUAUGGGAUUGCGCGCAGUCACCUAGAGAGUCUAAAGGAAUCCUGCUGCCCUUUCUACGCUGGAUUUGCUUCUCACCCGGAGAACCUCAUUCUUCCCACCCUACCAUGGGGUGUCAUCCUAUCACUCCUGGCCUCGCUACACACACACACACACACACACACACACACACACAGGUGGGUACAAGUUUCACUGGAGGAGAAAAGGCAAGGAUGAAUAUUUUUCCCUAGCAAGAGGCCUUAAUACCCAGAUAAUAAGCUCAAAAGGCCACUUUUGGGGGGUUGCUCGCAGGAACCCCAGCCUGGGGGCUGCAGCCCCUUGGCUCGCUCACCGCUGAGGAAGAGGAGAAGAGCAAGGUCCGGCAACAGUGUAUAAACGGUCAGUCAGCAAGUGGCAGAGAGAGCUGCGGGGAGACGUCCCAGGUGGGCAGUGGAAGAAGAUGUGAGAAAGGUCGACUUCAUGAUGGAAAUGAUGAUUCUAUCACGUACGUCAGGGAUUUGCUGUGUUGUCGGCUGAUUUAUCCACCCACACGGAAGGGAGACAAAACUACUACUUACAUGGUGAGAGAUUAACAAACUACGCUACCACGAAGUAAUAGCUCUAUUUCUUAAGGGCAAGAAAGACUACGUUUGGAAUUUGAUGCAAUGGAGGGUAUUAGAGGAAAUCCAAGAGGAAAUGUGCUCUGCGCUGGAAAAUUGGGUUGUGUAAGUGAUGGUGUGACAGCUCAGCCAGAGGCGAGAUCAGGGAGAUGGUAGGAGGCAUGUUUAUUGAAUGGGUGUCUGGUACAAUUUUUUGGGUUUGUUUUUUAGCAAAGUCAGAGUCGAAAUUAAAGAGAUCAGACCAUGAAAAUCACUGCGUUUGCUUGGGGUUAUUUUUUUAAAUAAUGAAGUAAAUACAAUUUAAAAGGCCUUAAUGAAAUCCAAACAGCUUUCUUCUACCUUCAAGAUUGAAAAUGUACACCCAACACAGCCUUGGAUGUUGUGAAGCUUGCAAAGUCUUCUUAAGGUCUAAAAUGUGGGAACAUCUUAACCACAGAGAGCCUUUAGCAAGCAAAGAACACAUGAAUCCACAACAUCCUGCACUGCAUUUUUUUAAAAAGAGUGGGGCUCUUCAUGGGUGACUAUGUUCUAAAGAUGCAAAUUCAUUUGCAGAAAGAGGCAGCAUUUUUUAGUUGAUAUUUUUUAACCAAGUGCCAUUAACAUUCAUCCUCCACUUCCCUUUUCUAAGCAAGCUUAGGGUUACUUGGGGAAUGUGUUGGGAUGGACGAUCAUGUGUGAGCCGGGAAGGACAGGUCAAAGAUGUUGAAGGCCAAAGGCAAGACCAGAGGGUUUGCGAAGGUGUGUUUUGGAUGCUAAGAACGUUAAUGGAAGAAAAAAACAAUGGUAUAACACAUCUUGUGGAGAAGUUAAAAAGCAUUCAGAUCUGCUGCAAAACACAUAUAUCCAUAAACACUCGGGUUGUUCAGAAAACAGAUUGUGAACACAAUCACAUUAGCAUGAAUCCUUUAAAAGGAAGAAGACCUUAAAGUAUUUGCAAAUCUGAAUUUCUAUUUAUUCCUUCACUGAAUAUAGAAACAAUGGUUAUCUGAUUAUUAGAGAUAUUAUUUUGGAUAUGUUACUUAUUAACUUGCUAUGGCUGGUAACCAUGAUAAAGUCUGUUAUUAAUAACAACAUAAUUCUUUUUUUAAAAGAAAAGCUUAUUUUUCAUUGACUGUGUAUAGAUUUAUCUACUUAGUUGUGUUUUGCUCUUAGUUUUAAUUUUUUUUUAAGUUGAGUGUUCUGAUAAAGUUUAGGAGCCUGUCCCCACCUUGUUUUGAGUCCUGUGUUGACUGCAGGUAUACAGCUCAAUCUAAAAAUCCUAAAGCAAAAGAACUUUAUUUAUAAAAAAAAAAAAAAAAAAAUCAAACAGUUGCAUGCAUAUAAGGCUGUGAAGUCGGAUAUUUAGUAAUAAAGCGGCAGUGCCUUUUUUUGUAUUUACCCAUUGACCCCCAAAUGCAACUGUUUUAUAUUAAGUAAAUAGUAAACAUUAAAAAUCUCAGAGUAAAAUCUAUUUCACUACAUGGGUUUUUUUUCUCCCCUUGUUCUGAUUUAAGCAGUGUGUAUUUGACAUCUCUACAUUGUCCCAGGGACAGUGGUGUUCUACGAUAUUGUUAUCAUGUAUGAUGUUUUAUUGGUGCUUUUUAUUCAUAGUGGUUUCUUACCAGAAACAGUAGGAAGACACACAUGAACUGUGUACAAGAAAUGAAACAUUGCUGCUGAUAUGUUUUGUUUUGUUUUCCACAUGCUUUUUGAGUUUCACUUUUUAAACCAAGGGCCAGCAAACAAAAUAGAUGCCCUGAAGAGGGCGGCUGUUUGCACCAAGCUCUCCAAUGCUGUGUAUUGACGGUCCCUUUUUGGUACUCAGGAUUGGAGCUAGAGCUGGGCCCCCUCUCCCAUUCAUUUGAAGAGACACUGAGGGAAACAAGGUUUUCUUUUGAGGUGUCGUCGGCUGCCUUUUACGGAAUGGGAGCCUUCUCCGGGUCUUCUGUUCUUCUGCCCCUCUUGUAGCUACUGCCAGUGCAAGGUUUGUAGAUGCACGUUCCCCCUCUGGAACCGGGAUCUCCCUGAGAGCCUGGGCUGGGGGCUGAGCUGGGUUGAAUGGAUAGGCGCACAACCAGAAGGGCAGAGAGGGGAGGAGAAAGCAGCCCCCAUCUCGGUGGCCCUCUGGGGAUGUCUUGGGCAGGUGGCCCCAUCUUGGGUGCAGGGAAGCAGCCUAACCAAGGCGUUCAGGUGUGCCUGUUACAAGAAGGCCCUGGGGAAGGAUAAUUUGCACAUGGGGCUGUGAUAACACUAAUGUUGAUUUUUUGUUUUACAAGUCAUCAGAGAUGUUUGCAAAGUGAGUUUUAUUUUUUUGUAAUUCCUUUAUCUUUACUUAAAGGUGAAUGUGUAUUCCUCUGGGAGGAAUAGGAAGAAAACAGGAAUGUUAAUAAUGUCAAACAGAAGACUUCCUCCCUUAUUAAUAUAUAACCCUCAUGUAUUUAUGCCUAAUGUAAGCUGACUUUUAAAAAGCUUUCUUUUGUUGCAUGCCCCGUGCAGGCAUCCCUAUUGUACAUGCAUGCCUUUCGUCCUGUUUUCCUGUAUAAAGUUAGUGAACAAAGAACUAUUUUUGCCUAGUUCAUGUUGCCAAGCAAUGCAUAUUUUUUAAAUUUGUCAUAUAUGGAAAUAGCAUGUUUGUUACAUGUAAAAGCUUUACUGAUAUACAGAUAUACUAAUGUUUGAAGAAGCUGUUCUUUGCAAGUGUACAGUUUUCAAAUGUUACCAGUGAAACACCCUUGUGGUUUAAACUUGCUACAAUGUAUUUAUUACUCAUUUCCUCCCAUGUAACUAAGAAUCAUGGCUAUAUUUCAUAUCAACGUUAUAUUGAAAGUGAAGGGAAAUGAUUAAUACAAGGUUUUGUAACACU